AUGGGGUCGGACGGGUGCUUCCAGGCACGGCUAGGCAGCGAGGAGGGGCUAGGCCUGGGGCCGCUCACUCCUGCUGCGGUGGGUGUGGCGGGCGAUGGGGCUCCUGUGGGGGGUCUCAGCGGUUCCGCAGCGUCAGCUCUCAAGCCGUGCAGCAGCAACUCCGUGGGGGAUGUGAGGGCGGGGUUAGGUAGGAUGGGGUUGGGCGAGAGGGAGAAGGAGGAGGGUGGUGCGAGGAGUGGUGUAGAGGACGGGGGCUGGGCCAAGUGGCCUGUGAACGGCGCUGCAGGGGUGGAGAAUGGAAUUGCAGUGGUGAAGAACGGUUUCGUUCAUCCCCUCGCGUGUACCGAACCCUCCAGUGCUGCAACUGGAUGCUCUAAUAACGAGCCUAAGGUCCAACCUGCAACUGUAGCUCCUGGGUCCCAUUGCGAUUCCGCCGUGCCGAGAAUGAACCCGUUAAAGCCCGGGAAGCCGGUGGCGUGUGUGCUGGGCAUCGGUACAGCGAAUCCGGACACGAUUCGGCCGCAGGGGCAGUUCGCCAAGGAGUACCUCUCUCGGGUGGGCUGCCACCAUGCUGAGACCCAGGCCAAGUUCGAGCGCAUCUGCUACCACACGGGCAUAGACAAGCGUCACAUGGUGCUACCCUGGGACACCAUCGCCGCCAACCCGUGCCUCCAGAAAUUUGGCGCCUCAUCCCUCUCCAUGCGCCAGGACAUCCUCGUUCCCCUUCUUCCUCCCCUUUCCCCCCCAGGCUACCACACGGGCAUAGACAAGCGUCACAUGGUGCUGCCAUGGGACACCAUCGCGGCCAACCCGUGCCUGCAGCAGUUUGGCGCGCCCUCCCUCGCCAUGCGCCAGGAGAUCCUGCGCUCCGAAGGCGUCAAGCUCGCCGCUGCCGCCUGCGAACGCGCCCUCGCCGAGUGGGGCGGGGACAGAACAGGCGUGGGGGGAGCUGGGGCAGGCGUGGGGGGAACGUUGGAAGCAGGGGGGGUUGGGGGAGCCGCGGGGGAAGUCAGUGGGGCGGGCGGGGUGGGGGGCGGGGCAGGUGGGGAAGGGUUUGGGGCAGGGGGGGCGGGGGGGAUAACGCACCUGGUGGUGGUGACGGUGAGCGGCGUGCACCUGCCGGGGCUGGACGUGCAGCUGGUGGAGGCGCUGGGGCUGCGCCGCUCCACCCAGCGCGUGCUGCUGCAGAUGCUCGGCUGCUACGCGGGGGUCACUGCACUGCGCAUCGCCAAGGACCUCGCGGAGAACAAUGCGGAAGAGGGCGCGAGGGUGCUGCUCGUGUGCUCGGAGCUCAACAGCCUCAUCUUCCAGAUGCUCGGGUUCUAUGCGGGGUUGACGGCGUUGCGCAUUGCCGCUGAGAAGAAUGCGGAUGGGUGCUGCUCGUGUGAUCAACAGUCUCAUUUUUCAGGUUCGUACGGUAUCGUCCUUCCAGAUAUGUAUCAUCUCCCUUACCCUGUUUCUCGCACUCCUCACCUCCCUCCCCUCCCUUCCUUCUCCAUCCUACCCCUUCUCCCCCCAUUCCUCCCUUCCCCUUCCUCUCCUCCCUCCCCUCUCCUCCGUCCCCUCUCCUCCCCUCCCUGUCCGCCCAUCCACCAGGCACCGCACGAGUCGCUGCCGGACAGUCUGGUAUGCGCUGCCAUCUUUGGUGACGGGGCAGCUGCCAUGGUCGUGGGGGCCAACCCCCGCACCCACGCCUCCCACGCUGCACACACUGCACACACCGCACCCGCCCUGCAAGAAGCUACCACCUCUCCACAGCAGCAGCAGCAGCAGCAGCAGCAGCAGCAGCAACAGCAAGGAGCAGGGGGCUCCUCCCCUAGCCCACCCGCCGGGCUUUCCCCCGAGAAGCCCAUCUUUGAGAUUGUCCGCGUGGCGGAGUUUUUUCUGCCCGAGACGACGCGCCACAUUGCGGGUGAUCUCACCGAAGCGGGGCUGCUCGUGCACCUGCGGAGGGAGGUGCCGCUGCUGCUGCCCGGGCCGGUGAAAGAUUUCAGUGCUGCCCUGCUGGGGCAGGCCGGAGUGGGAUUCGCUGAGAGCUUCUGGGCGGUUCAUCCGGGCGGGCGUGCGAUUUUGGAUGCGAUUCAGCGGCAACUGGGGUUGAAGAAGCAUGCACUCAAGGCGAGCAGGGAGGUGCUUCGGCAGUACGGCAACAUGUCAAGUGGAUCCGUGCUGUUUGUGCUGGAUGAGAUUCGAAGGAAGAAGCGUACCGAGCCUCAGUGGGGAGUGGCUUUAGGGUUUGGGCCUGGGGUCACGGUUGAAGGAACAUUGAUGCGGUUGCUAUGA